CUCCCCUCUGCACUCCUCCUCCUCCUCCACCUCCCGGCGGUCAGGCCCGACUGCUGGCUGAUCGAGGGGGACAAGGGCUACGUGUGGCUGGCCAUCUGCAGCCAGAACCAGCCCCCCUACGAGACCAUUCCGCAGCACAUCAACAACACCGUGCAUGACCUGCGGCUCAACGAGAACAAGCUGAAGGCUGUGCUCUUCACCUCCAUGUACCGCUUCACCAACCUCACCGACCUCAACCUCACCAAGAACGAGAUCAGCUACGUGGAGGACGGCGCCUUCGCCGGCCAAGCCAACCUCCAGGUUCUUCAGCUGGGCUACAACAAGCUGACCAACCUGACGGAGGGCAUGAUGAGAGGCCUGGGCCGCAUGCAGUGCCUCUUCCUCCAGCACAACCUAGUCGAGGUCAUCGCCAGCAAUGCAUUCUGGGAGUGCCCCAGCCUCAGCAGCAUCGACCUGUCGUCCAACAAGUUGGCGCGCAUUGAUCCCUCCACCUUCACGGUGCUGAGCCGCCUGAUGGUGUGUGAGCUGGCGGCCAACCCCUUCCACUGCGGCUGUGAACUCUACACCUUCCUCACCUGGAUGGAGUCCUUCAACAACGUCACUCACACGUACGACCGGCUCCAGUGCGAGACGCCCCGAGAGAUGUUCGGCUACCCCUUGCUGAGUCCCAUCGCCGCCGGCCACGCAGGCCGCAACGCCAAGAACAUCCUGUCCUCCAUCUGCAGGGAUGGGAUGUACAUCCCAGGCAUGACCUCCCUGCCCCCUGACCUGGACGGGACGUCCGGGAUGGGGAUGGAGAUGUUCGGUGGCAUGGGGCCGUACCACCAGCCCACCACCUCCUCCGGCGAGCACAGCUUCACGCCCACAAUAAAGCUCCACCACGUGUCUCUUUCCUCCGCCUCCAUCCUGGUGCAGAUCCCACGGCCCUUCAGCAAGAUGUACAUCCUAACGCAGUACAACCACACCUACGUGUCGGAUGUUAUGAACCUGAAGAACAAGAAGGAGCUGAUCACACUGGACAAGCUCAAGUCGCACACAAACUACACCUUCUGCGUGGCGUCCAUCCGCAACUCCCAGCGCUACAACCACACCUGUCUGGAGUUCGCCACACGGGCGCAGAAACAAGACGAGCUGCUGCCCACGCCAUCCACCACGUCCCAUUACAUCAUGACCAUUGUCGGCUGCCUGUUCGGCAUGCUCAUCGUGUUAGGCUUCGUCUACUACUGCCUCCGCAAGAAACGAAUGCACGACGAGAAACAGAAGUCCAUAUGUGUGAAGAAGACCAUCCUGGAGAUGCGCUAUGGACCGGAGGUCGCUGCGGCGGUCGCCAACGAUCCAUCAGCGGUCCACAAACUCCAGGAGCAGUCCAGAGAGCAUCACCAGUACCAGCAUCACCACGGGGGGAAGCUGCCCAUGUCCGCCUCCUCCAGUUCGGGCAUGCUCCACUCGGCCAACACUAGCACCUCCAGACUCUCGUCCAUCCCCCAGGUGGAGAAGAUGUCAACAGCCUUCUCCGACGCCAUGCUCACAAGCAAAGGGAACUACAUGGACGUCCGCAGCGGGGCGGCGGGGAUGGACCGCGUCGGGGACGGAGGCCUCAACCGGCUGAGGGAUGACGACGGCAAUGCCACCGACAUCGGCGAGGACUCCGACGACGACGGGCGGGGCUCCGCCUCGGAGAUCUCCACCAUCGCCAUGGAGGUGGACAAGGUCAACCAGAUCAUCAACAACUGCAUCGAUGCCCUGAAGCUGGAUGCAGCGGCGGUGGCGGCGGCCGGGGCCUCGGCCAACCACACGUCUUCCCCCACCUCCCCGCCGCCGACCAGCACUUCCUCCUUGACGCGGGGCAUGAUCCCCCUGUCCCAGGUCGUCACGGAUACCUGCCAGGGGAACCCCUCCAGCAAGGCGCCCCUCCCUGCCCCCCUCCCAGCAUUCAGCGUCCCUCUCUCUGAGCGUCCCGGGAUCAGCGGCGGGGGAUUCGUGGUCACCCCGCCGUACCGGCCCCCUCCCCCGGCCAGCGCCGUGCGGCCCAUCCAGCGGCAGAUGAGCGCGGACGCGGCGGUGGUGAUGGUCAACGCCGUGAAGAAGCAGUGCAGCACCACCUCCUGCGGCUCCGUAGGGAGGGACCGGGAGCGCGGUGGGGCCCGUGUGUACAGCCUGGACGUCCCUGAGCCACGGAGCCCCGACGCCUGCGGCCAGCAGCAGCAGCAGCAGUACCCAGAGCGGGCCAGUCCAGUGGGCUGCGGGGAGCCCCAGGAGAGGCUUCCACUGGUAGGGGGUGGCAGCUUCAACGGAGGGGGUGGUGGUGGGUGCGACAGUGGUGGUCUUGGUGCCCAACAUCAGGACAAACAGAAGCAUCAGCACCAUCAGCAGAAACAACAACAACAGCAACAGCAGCAGCAACAAAAGCAACAACAACAACAACAACAACAACAACAACAACAACAGCAGCAGCAGCAGCAGCAGGAGCAGCUGGAGGUGCAGCAGGACUACCACUGUUCGGAGCACCGCCACUCCGUCCCGGCCCUCUACUAUGAGGGCUCCCACCAGGGCUCCCCGGCCCAGAGGGUCUCCUUCUUGAAGCCCCUGACCCGUGCCCGCCGGGACGCCGCCUCCUAUUCCCAGCUCUCCCCGGCUCGCCACCACUCCAGCUACUCCGGCUACUCUUCCAGCCCGGAAUACUCCUCUGAGAGCUCCCUGCGGAUCUGGGAGCGCUUCCGCCCGUACCGCAAGGGCCACCGCGACGAGUCCUGCUACGUGACGGCUGGCAACGCCCUCCGCAAGAAGGUGCAGUUCGCCAAGGGUGAGGACCUCCAUGACAUCCUGGACUACUGGAAGGGGGUCUCGGCGCAGCAGAAGCUGUAA